UUUAUUUAGUGACCUCCUCCUAACCAAUGAGGGGAGCAGCGAGAGCAGCGGCAGAAAGCAUUAUGGAUGGAUGCUGCCAUGGUGUCACUGAGGGCCAUGCUUUCAGGUCCUUACUCAGAUCCUCACUUGGGCUCGUAGGGUCUCCGUCUAGGCAGGAGCUCCAUGUGGCUGAGGGUGUGACUGACACUUUGGCAGGCAUGGAGGGUGUGAUGCAGAGCUGGCAGGCACACCAGUGCUUCCAGAGCACCCCUCUGGACCUGAUUGAGAUGGAGAAGGGACUGAAGGUCCAGGCGGAGCUCCCCCACCUGGUCAGUCUUGGAAGUGGCCGCCUCAGCACUGCCGUCACUCUAAUACCUCUGCCUGAAGGCCGUACCUCGCUGGGCAGUGGAGCCGGCAUGGACAUCAGCAUCCAGGCUCCUGGCAUGGAGGCGCAGCAUUGCUACAUUGAGAACCGGGCAGGGAUCAUCACGCUGCAUCCCUGCGGUACCCAGUGUGCCAUUGACGGGCUGGUCACCUACACGCCUGUGCGCCUCUCGCAAGGCUGUAUGGUGUGCCUUGGCCAAUCAUCCUUCUUUCGCUUCAACCACCCUGAAGAGGCUGACAGGAUGAAGAGCAUGAUUCCAGAUCGGGACCAAGGGGUCAGAGCCCAGGCAGGUGAGGCGAUGCCCCUGCAGAGAAGCCAAGGGAGAGCUGUUAGGACAGGAAGGACCCCUACAGGUGCAGAGGAUAUUGUGACUGGGAGCAGUCUGUUCCUGCCAGGAGCCUCCUGUGAGGGAGCUCCCCAUCGCAGCGACUGUUUGCAUAGGGACCUGCAGGAGAUCAUGGACUCCCUAUCGCCCCCUGCAGGCCCUGCCGCGCUCUCUCUGAGCAGUGCGGCUCGGUAUUCAAGGUCCCCCCCCAGGAGCCCGCCAGUGAGCUACAGCAAUAAUAGCAGUUCAGCUCCUUCGCCCCUACCUCUCUCCUCCCCGUCGUCAGUGGAUGGCUCCAGCUACAGCCCCCCCUGCUUGCCCCUGGUGCCGGCCCGCUCUUCCAGCUACCAUUAUACCUCCCAGGGCCCCCCAAGCACACCCCCCCACAAUCAGUCGUAUUUCCUCUCCUUCCUGGGUGAUGGGGGCCCCAGAGACCCGCCCAAACUGAUUGGCACAGGGGCACUGACCCCCCCCCAUGGCUUUCAGGAGCGCCCCCCCAGCCCCUCACGAUCGCCCUGCUCCCCCCGGGGCCCCCAUCCUUCACUCGAGUCCACAGUGCCCACUGCCCAGGGACAGCCCAGUGGUGGAGGCGUUUGGGGGCUGCGCCCCCCCAGCCCAUCCCUAAACAGGCAGCUGCCGCAGAGCCCCGGGCAGCAUCGCAGACCAGCCGGGUGCCGAGCGCGCAGCCCGUCCGCAACACCACCGGGCUUUUUCUGCGGCCCCUCCCCCCUCGUCGGCCCCUAUGGGCAGCAGGAGCCAAGGCUCCCCCUGCUGGGUGGGUGGGAAAGCAUAGGUAGCAUCGCUGAGGUCAGCGACAGCGAGAGCGAUCUGCUGGCGUACCAUCAGCGGCAACGUGAUGAGCGACUCCAAGAGCAGGAGGCGGAGAGGCUGGAACGCCAGCGUCUUGAGACUAUCCUGAACCUGUGUGCUGAGUACAACAAGGGAGAUCUGGGUGUAGCUGAGGCCGUGAAAGCAGGCUUUCCAUUCGUUGGUCUGGGUGGGGCCUGCGGCAGGGGGCCUUGCGUGGAUGUGGGGGACGGUGUGGAGCAAACGCAGCCAGAGAGCGAUGAGGAGAACCUCAGGGAGGAGAGCAGCAGCACAGAAAGCACCCACCAAGAGGUGAAGCCCCCAUGCGAGGACCCACUGGAAUCUGGGUCCCCGGAGUUGGGAGACCUAGAAGAAGAACGGCUGCGAGUCCUGGCCCAAGUGGACAAGCUGAAGAACAGAGUUACGGAACUGGAGAAGCAGCUGCAGGAGUCCCAGGAGGAGGCAGAUCUGGAGCAGGCGCUGCUGCAGAGGGAGCGGCAGGGGGAGCUAGAGCGGGCAGAAGCAGAGGCACAGGCCAUCGCACAGCUGCAGCGCAGGCUGAGCGAGUUGGACGGCGCCAUCCAGGGCGAGAAAGAGAAGGGAAGGGCGAGUGUCGGAUCAGAUCGGCGGGCACUGGACAGUCUGCGUGGGGGCUUGGAGGAGCUGCAGAGUCAGCUGCACGGGUGCCCCGAGUCCCUGAGAGAGCAGUUGCAGGAGCGACUGAAGCGGGAGUCGGAGCUCCUGGACUUGGAGACCAAGCGUUUUGAGGACCUGGAAUUCCAGCAGCUGGAGAAGGAGAGCAGCCUGGAGGACGAGCGGGAAACUCUGAGUCAAAAGCUGCUGCAGGAGCAGGCCGGGUACCAGAGCAGCUUGGCCCACAGAAAGGAGAAAGUGGCGGCACUGGAGAGCCGGGCCAGCAGCCUUGGACUGGAGGUGGCCCAGGAGUGUGAGAGGCUCAGCCGGGAGCGGGACCAUACCCUCCAGCUACUGGACAAGGAGAAGGAGAGGCUCUCUAGCCUGGAGAAAAGGUGCCUGAGUCUCAACGGAGGGACAAAUUUCUCUAAAUGUUCCCCUACCAAGAAUGAGGAAGUGCUUCAUAUCAGCGAGAGCGACCUGUCAGAUGAAUUCCACUCCCAGAAUUCCCUAUGUCAGCCUGCUGAUGCAGUCAUAGACCCUUCCUCUUCCUCAUCCUCCUCUCUGAGCAGGCCUCGAGAGGAUCAUGCAAGGAUGCCAGAUGUCUGUAGGACAUACGGGGGUGAUGGGCACGACUGCCACUCUGCCUGCCCACCUCAGCCCUGCUUUCCCCUUCCUCCCACUGAGGUACCUCAGCACGCCCCUUUCUUCUUCCUGCCUCUGAGGUACCUCAGCAUGCCCCUUUCCUCCUCCUGCCUCCCAGGUACCUCAGCACGCCCCUUUCCUCUUCCUGCCUCUAAGGUACCUCAGCAUGCCCCUUUCCUCCUCCUGCCUCCUAGGUACCUCAGCACGCCCCUUUCUUCCUCCUGUACAUCAGCACGCUCCUUUCCUUCUCCUGCCUCUAAGGUGAGGGAGAGCCAAGCCAGGAGUGAGCUGCUGGAGGAGGAGCGCAGGAAGCGGGAGGAGGCAGAGAGGAGGCUAGAGGAGGAGAUGAUGUUGAGACAGCAGCUAGUGGAGAAGGAGGUGAAGAUGAGGGCCAGGAACCUGUCUCAGGCGCGUCCCAUGACCCGCUACCUGCCCAACCGCAAGGAGGAAUUUGACCUGCGCUUGCACAUCGAGUCCGCCGGCCAUAACCUCACCGGCUGCUAUGACUUGAUGCUCACCGAGAAGAUGUGCAAGGGCUACCUGGUCAAGAUGGGAGGCAAAAUCAAGUCGUGGAAGAAGCGCUGGUUUGUCUUUGACCGCAUGAGGAGGACCUUCUCCUAUUAUGUGGACAAGCACGAGAGCAAACUAAAGGGAGUCAUUUACUUUCAAGCCAUCGAGGAAGUCUAUUACGACCACCUACGCAGCGCGACCAAGAGCCCGAAUCCUGCACUGACCUUUUGUGUGAAGACGCAUGACCGGCUCUACUACAUGGUGGCUCCAUCCUCGGAGGCCAUGCGCAUCUGGAUGGACGUCAUAGUAACGGGUGCAGAAGGGUACACACAGUUCAUGACCUGAGAGCACCUCACUCUUUGAGGCUGCAGCAGGUGACAGACUCAGCAUGGCAUCUGCAGGAGACCUGCUUUUCCGAGGGUCUAAAACCCCAUUUUAGGAAAAACCUUAUUUUUACUUUUGUUUGUAACACUUCUGUAAUUUAAAAAAAAAAAAAGCAUUCUUGACAAAUUUUGCCUGGGUGAAAAAAGUGAGUUCUGAAGUCAAAUGAAAUGUAAAAAAACAGUGCCUUAACUCUCACCCAACACAAAAACGCAACAACAAAACAUUCCUUAACGAAAAACAACACAAUCCACCAAAGCCUUGAUAUGAACUCAGGGAUCAUCUCCGUUGCCUUAAAGAAUGGUACAAGUUCUAACCAAUAAAUGGGAUUUUGCUGUCUGAGAAUGUUACCAGUGAGCAGGUUUAAGUAUGCAAGCAGUUACAGAAGAUGUAAUGCAGCCCUUGGGCCUGAAGUUGAACUUUGACCCUUUUCUUGAUGCUGAAGCAGCAUUGCAUUUCUGGCAAUCUAUAGGACUUUGUAUACCAGGUGUAUGAGAAUGGUACUUGGCAGUGCUGUAGCUAUGCAAUUCAUGCUUGUAUAUGAUCAUUUGUACCUUUCAUACCAUAAUGAUUGCUCCAAGUAUUUGACUAAAGCUUGCAUAAAGUCUGCUGGGAUAGUAGUAUUUUUACAUGUAUAUGAAGUUCUUUUGUAAUCACGGUUUGUUGACUUUGAGCAUGUUUGUGCGGCCCUUGUUAAGCUGAACUGGAUGUUUGAAUGUGAAGCUACAUGCAUUGCAGGAGAAGUUCGGCUGGGGCCGUCUGAAGCUCUCAUGCUUAGGAAAACAUUAUACAUGUAUGCAAUAUAAAACUGUCGUAACUUUUAAAUUUGAAUUUAGUACCAACACUGACUGGGUACAGUUUUAAAUGUUGCAUCAUCUGAACUCCUCUCCAGUAGCCUGUGAACACGGUUUGCUUUAUUACUUUAUUACACUGAAUUACCAAUUCAUAUGCCUCUGUCUACAGUGAAAACAUAAGGUGAACGCUGGUUAAUCUGCUGAAUUAAUAUGAAUAAUAUCAAAUGCCAGAAUGUUAAAUGGUUUCCCUGAAACACCUACAUCUAUCAGGGUGAAAUAUUGGCUGCUAAAAUGAUAUCAUUUACUUAACUGUGUUUAAGUACGAAGCCUCAAGGACCAUUCAAAAGAUGUAUUUUUGUUAAUUGAGAAUGUAGUAGCAUUAAAAUCAAUAAAAUAAA